UUGAAUACAUACAUACAUACAUACACGGGACGCGCCUGAUACCCAAACGCUUUGUUAAAGCCGCUCGUUUUCUGCCAUUGCAGUAUUAACUCUUCAUCUCUACUGUCUGGUGCUGAAAGGGACUUUAAGGGGUGAAGAUCCGAUUUUUAUUAUUUUUUAUUUUUUUGCAUUCUACUGGAUGAUCCUAACAAAGACGCUGUUGCCAUGACCACAGAUGAAGUGGAAAGUCACCAGAAAAAGCCAAAGCAGCAGCAGGAAGAAGCUGGCCAAGAUUCUCAGCUGCAUUGUCAUGAGGAUGACAACCUCCAGCCUCAAAAUCAAAAUUCUACCAGCCGUGGUCUCUCUCGCCUCUUCUCUUCCCUCCUUAAACGGCGUUCACAGUAUGACAGUGAAGGAGGACAGAGAGAGGAUGAGGAAGAUGAAGCUAAAGCUCCUAUUGCUGAUCCUGAACCUGAAUUGAAAAUAGAGGGAGAGGUUGCCUUGGACCAACAUUCAGUCAGCAGUGCAGAGGUUCAGGCUCUUCAGGCUGAAAAGAAAGAUGCAACUGACGACAUGAUUGGAAAGGUGGAGGAGAAGAAUGACCAAAAGGGAGAGGCAGUGGUUCUUGACAAGGAGGAGGACAAAGAGAAGGAAUUUGGUUCUGAAAGAAGGGGUAAGGAAGAUAAAGAGAAGACAACAGAGGAGGAGGCCAAGACACCCAGAGCUCCACGUCGACCAAAGACACUGCAGAUCAAAGUCACACUGCUGGAUGACGCUCUGUUUGAGUGCGAGUUGGAUAAACAUGCCAAAGGCCAGGAGCUGUUCAUGAAAGUAUGUGAUCACCUUAACCUUCUGGAAAAAGACUAUUAUGGCCUGGCCAUCUGGGAGACCCCCACUAUGAAGACUUGGAUGGAUUUGACCAAAGAGAUUCGUAGGCAGGUGCAAGGGGCCAAUUAUAAUUUCACUUUUAAUGUGAAAUUUUACCCACCGGAUCCAGCCCAGUUGUCAGAGGACAUAACAAGGUACUACCUGUGUCUGCAGCUGCGGAAGGAUAUCCUACAGGGCCGCCUUCCUUGCUCAUUUGUUACCCUGGCUCUGCUAGGUUCUUAUGCCUUGCAGUCAGAGCUGGGUGAGUACGACCCUGAGGUGCAUGGCAAUGAUUAUGCUAAGGAGAUGAAAAUGGCCUCAGGUCAGACAAAGGAGCUGGAGGACAAAAUGAUGGAGCUGCAUCGUACAUAUAGGAUAAUGUGUCCAGCUCAGGCAGACCUGAUGUUUUUGGAGAAUGCCAAAAAACUCUCUAUGUAUGGGGUGGACCUUCACCAGGCUAAGGACCUGGAUGGUGUUGACAUCAUGCUGGGAGUUUGCUCAAGUGGCCUGAUGGUUUACAAAGACAAACUGAGAAUCAACCGUUUCCCAUGGCCCAAAGUCCUUAAGGUGUCCUACAAGCACAGCAGCUUCUUUAUCAAAAUACGACCAUCGGAGACAGAACAGUAUGAGAGUGCAAUUGGUUUCAAACUUCCCAAUUACAAGGCCGCCAAGAAGCUGUGGAAAGUAUGUGUUGAACAUCAUACCUUUUUUAGGUUAACUUCCACUGAGAUGGCCACCACCCCAAGAAAGUUCCUGGCACUAGGCUCCAAAUUUCGUUACAGUGGACGGACUCAGGCUCAGACCAGGCAGGCCAGCUCUCUGAUUGACAGACCAGCUCCCAUGUUCCAGCGCUCUUCCAGCAAGAGGAACUCGCGCAGUCUGGAUGGAGCAAUGGCCACUACACCAGACAACAAAUCUAAUCGUCCAGUCAGUGCCCCUGUUAUGUCACCAGUAUCUCCAGGUGAGGCAAAGCCAUCACCACUGCUACCCACACUGCCUCGCCAUAGCCAUCUUGAUGGCUCUACACCCAAAAGCCAACGCCAUACAGAUUGGAAGAGAGAGCUAAAGACAGAAUGUAAGCCAGAGCACACCAAGAGUCAUAGCCCAAAGCCACAGUCUGCUUCAGAGAUAAAGACUGUUGCCAAGAGAGAGCGAAGGAACUCCUCAUCCAUGACCAAUAGGGAGAAAGAAAAAAAGAGCCAGCUCUCCGUUCAGGAUAAAAAGAUGGAAAUGGUUCGAGUAAGGAAGAAGAGACCCAAGAGACUUGAGGGAGAAACUAUUUAUAUCAGACAUAGCAAUUUAAUGUUGGAGGACCUUGAUAAGACCCAAACUGAGAUCAUGCGUCACCACACUAGUAUCAGUGAGCUCAAGAGAAGUUUUAUGGAGUCAGUACCAGAACCUCGACCCAGUGAGUGGGACAAACGCCUAUCUACCAACUCGCCACUCCGCUCAGUGAGCCUCAAUGGCCAGCUGCAACCAGUGUCUCCAGUUCUAAGGGCCCAAACGGUCACCAUCUCAGAUGUUACCAACUCUCUAAGAGGAACUGUGACUUACAAGGACAUUCCUUUAGUUCACACUGAGACAAAGACCAUCACAUAUGAGUCAGCACAGCCUGUGGAAACCCUAGCAGAGAAGGAUUCAGGAGUGCUGCUGAGUGCCCAGACUAUCACCUCUGAGACUAUCAGCACCACCACCACAACCCAGAUCACUAAGACGGUGAAAGGAGGAAUUUCUGAGACUCGAAUUGAGAAGAGAAUUGUCAUCACUGGAGACACAGCAAUUGAUCAUGACAAGGCUUUGGCUCAGGCUAUUAAAGAGGCAAAGGAGCAGCACCCAGAUAUGUCUGUUACCAAAGUUGUUGUACACCAGGAAACAGAGAUAACUCCAGAUUAAGAAGCUGCACCACGGCUGACUCGGAUGCCCUCCCUCUUUUCCUUAUGUCUCCAUCACAACAUUUUACCUCAGCAACCACAGUCAUCACAUCCAGCUGCCCUGCUUUCGGCAUGAUAAACCAGACCUUGUCCGAGGGAAGAGGCCUCAGCGGGAAAAUAUGUUUUCCUCCAAAAGUUUGUGUAUUGGUUGAAGGAGACAGUCACUAAAAAGUUCCCAAGUUUCCAGAAUUCCCAACAACACCCUUUCUAUUCCAUUUUCUGCCUUCAGCGCAUAUCCUAAAGUUUUGAAUAAAAAUGAAAUUCAAAAAAUAAACUUUUUCAUAGUUAUAGGGGUAUAAUAUUUGUGAAUUUGUUUCUCUCCCAUUUUGUGGAGAUUUUAAGAAAAAAAACAUUUAAGGACAUUUGGUCUUUUAAUCUUGAGAAUCCUACUUUAUUUUUCUACAGCUUUUCUUACCAUCAAAAUUGGUUACCAAAAUCUUAAAAGUUAAAAGUUUUUUAACAAAGUUCUGAAACUGCACUGAACAAAGAUUGUGAGAUUCUACAAGUUGGGACUGGAUCAUUCCUCUCAAAGUUUUCGAAUUAGUUGAUACUUUCUGUACAGUAAAUACUUUAUUUUCCCUCUCAAUGUGAAAAGAUAUUUUUCAUUUUAUGUACAAAAAGAUUGAUUUAUCAAAGCAGGGCAUUGAAUUUGCUGGUGGAAUUACUUGUUUCCCCCAUUUGAAAUUUGGCUUUGACAUCCUUUGACUGUUUCAGUUGUUGUAGUGCUUGUGUCACACAAAAGAUGUGGGGGUCAUUAAGAUCACAGUGUAUUGAAACUACCUUCAUUUAUUUAAUACCAUCAUUGUAUUUUUAGUGUGUUUUAUAGUUCAAAUUUAGAUUCAGAACAAUGUUUGACUAUAGAUCAUUCCUAGCUGUCAAAUACACCUAUUUCCCUUUUUAUUGAGCAGUGUAUAAUUUCAGUAUUUCUGAAUUUCAUUCACAUUUACUCUUCUAAAUGGACAGUGUAUACUCUUUUGUAGUAAUGACGCUAUCAAAAUAAAGACGUGAAAAGUUCAGAAACUGACACACAUAACUAUUAUUAGUGCUCAAAACCGAAAUGCUGAUCGACCUGCCUUCAAUGUCUUUGACCUUUUCAACAGUUUUUUUCAACAGUUUGUUUACUAUCUUUGUCACUUCUAUAUGAGCACAUAGUUUUCUCCAAAUGUUUCCACAGAGUUUUGUUGGCAGAGGUGUGUAAAGAUCAAGUAAAGCAAGAGAAAGGGGAAAACAGUUUGCCCAACAGUGUAUAAUGUCCACAGAAAAAAAAUGGGUGAUUACAGUAAAAUGAGUUAGAACAAAACCCAAACAAGUAGUUUGAAAAGUAACAAACCAGCAAAACUUUGAAAUCCAGGUCAGUUUUUAUCACUCAUGUUCUCCUUUUAAGAACAACCAUUUUUACAGGAACUAAGACUAGAAGCAUAACUGCAUUUUUCUCAGUGUUACAUUAAUUGUUCAGCAACAUAUAAAACUGUUAGUUUAAUUCAGGGGUACCAGAAUGAGCCUCUUAAUUUUGCACUGCCCAGUCAGAUUAGACAUAUGUUGUUAUCGGUAUGACUUGUGAUUUUGUCCAUAUUCGUACAUGAUGCUUUAUUUCCUUACUCCAUUUAGUAUUGCAUGUUAAAGUUACUUCACUUAGCUGUCUAAUUCAUCACUACACUUCUUUGUCUUAUGGGCAUUUUUAAUAUUUUCUUUAAUGUGAAUCCACACUUCAACACCAGAUGAAGACUUGUAAAGAGCACCAUGCAUAAAAUAAAGAACUUUGUAGGUAUA